UUGCGGAGUUAUUCCAUUGCAGACAACCAUGACCUAUUAAUGAAGCUAUUUGCUCGACUUGAAGCAACGUUUAAGAUAGGAAAGUGCCAGAGAAACACAUCGGUUUAUGUCGGAAAUUUGUGCGCAUUUGCCACUGAGCCAAAUGAUCUCUAAAUAGCCACCGGUAUGGUGUAUAUCCGAUUUAUAUAAUCAGUUCUCUUAUAUCAGCGGAUAACGCCAACAAUCCAAAAAAAUGCUAUACUAAUUAGCGACGUGUUUCCUUAAGACUGAAAUCCAACCCUUAUACAGUGAAAGAUCUCUGAGGUCACUUCCAUUGGAUGCCGUGUUUACAUUCAAUACCGUUUUAUCAUGUGCCGUGGGUAUUCUAAUCAAUUGACAUUUGAUGAAGCCACAUCUACGGUGCUUCUUUAUAAAGGAAUUGGUCAACUGCGCUCAGCGCGAUUACUUCCAUUUUAUAGAACCGCAAGGAUAAAGGUCAGCUCGAAUAUCAAUACAUUGGGUAUAAAUACUACUGUUUCCUUUGAUAAUCCUCAUUCCAUUGGCUGGCCGAAGGAAGUKAAUCUGCACUGAGGUUCUAUAUAAACACCACAGCCAACCGGGUCUAGUUUAACUCAUGACCAAACACAAAUGACAAAAUCAUGCAACUUCAAGAAAUUUAUCUUAAACUACUUUUUUUCUUGAUCGUUCUUUGUAUAUUUUCAUGUGUUAAAUCAUCAGUAUUUUCCAAACGUGAAGAUCAAGAGCGAUUUUUACAGAAUCUAAAGUCCUUCCAAAUAAUUUAUCCAGAGAUAUCGUACGAAAAUGAAGUCAUAUCCAUCGAAGAAAGUAUCUCAAAGCCUGUAUUUCAGAUACGUUUUCGCGCCUUUGGAGAGGAUUUUCUUCUGGACGCGUGGUUAAACCUGAAUUUAGUACCGCCAAGCUACUCGAAGGAUGUACUACCGCGCGAGAGGCUCUCGCAGAACCAAAACAUUAGGAUGUGUUUUUAUAGUGGGAAGUCAAAGUUGCAUUCCGAUUCAAGUGUAGCUAUUGGCAACUGUCAUGGACUGUUAGGUGUCAUCAGAAUGGGCCAAGAGGAGUACUUCAUUGAGCCUAUGGAAAAGAAACCAGGAAAACAGUUUGCGCAUGUUUUGUACCGAAGGUCAGAUUUACCCACAACAAGGUCUUCAACGCCACAAAGCUGUUCAGCGGUGAAAGAUCCUGGUCGUCGACGCUUCAAUAAUACCAAUAUUACAGAUAAUCUUCACCAUGGGUCUCGCAAUCGGCGGUCGGUGGUGGAGAUCACGCUGCAGCUGUUGGUAGUGGUAGAUAAGGAUAUGAUCGAUUUCCAUGGCAAUGACACUAUAGAGGAGUAUGUUCUAACAAUCAUGAAUAUGGUGUCCGAGAUCUACAGGGAUCCAAGCAUCGGUGUUGCUAUAAAUCUCGAGGUCAUUAGACUAAUUCUGCUCUACAACAAACAGAAACAACUUUCCAUAACUUCAGAUGGCCAUGAGACUCUUCAAAGCUUUUGCGAAUGGCAAAAUAGUCUUCGAUGGCGGGAAGGCGAGGAUCCUCAGGAGCAUAAUCAUUAUGACGCGGCUGUGCUGAUAACGAGACAAAACAUCUGUGCUGAUAAAACAGAAAAAUGUGCUACAGUUGGUAUGGGAUACCUGUAUGGGAUGUGCGACCUCAAAAGACGAUGCAGCGUCAGUGAAGACAACGGUCUUAAUGUUGCAUUCACGAUUGCUCAUGAACUUGGCCACAAUCUGGGGAUUUAUCACGACGGUGAAGGGAAUUCCUGCUCUGAUUUCUCUGGUGAGAUUCCUCACCUGAUGUCUGCAAGAUGGUUGUUGAGGAACAAACAUGGUGGCAUGAAGUGGUCUCAGUGCAGUAAGAGAUCCCUCAAAGCAUUUUUAAAAUCUGAGGACAGCAAAUGUCUACGUCGUCACUCAAAGUCCAAGAAAAUUGCUUUACCGCCAGAUUUGCCCGGUGUGCGCUACAGUGCUGAUGACCAGUGUAGACUGCAAUAUGGGAACAGGGCUAGACACUGCUUGAAAUUUAAGGCAAAGCUGUGUCGUGAAUUGUGGUGUGAAAUCGAGGGAGAGCAGUCAUGUCGGUCCAAGUUGAAUCCACCGGCUAAGGGCACGGCAUGUGGUCGUGAUAAGUGGUGCAUGUUCGGUUCCUGUGUAGAGAACACCAUCAUACCUCAACGUCGUGACGGGGACUGGACGGAUUGGAGUGGAUGGAGUAAGUGCUCACGAUCAUGUGGAUCUGGUGUCAUGGCUAUGCAACGCAAGUGUAAUAACCCAAGACCUCUCAAUGGAGGACGAUAUUGCAUCGGCGAAGAAAAGCGUUACAAAUUAUGCAACAUUCAGCCAUGCCCAAAGGGAUCCCAAGACUUUCGUGUUGUCCAGUGUUCCUCUUAUAAUAACACCAAAUACAAAGGAGUAGUGUACGAGAAGUGGGUGCCAGUCAUUAGUGAUGGUCAGCCAUGUGCUUUAUUCUGUAGACCUGAAGGAACAAAUCAUCGAUUCUCAGCUAAACUUGCAGAGAAUGUUGUUGACGGUACAACCUGUCGGGCCGACACACGUAACGUCUGCAUUGAUGGAAAAUGCCAUUCCGUAGGAUGUGACAACAAACUUGGUUCUGGUGCAAAAGAAGACGUCUGCGGUGUCUGUAAAGGGAAUGGAACAACGUGUUAUACAGUUGAAGGAAGGUUUAACCAACUGGCGGGAAAAGGAUACGUCGAGGCCGCAUUAAUUCCAAAAGGAGCGAGAGCUAUUCUUGUAACAGAGGUAAAACCCUGUACCAGUUUCUUGGCGUUGAGAAGCCGUAUUGACAAAUAUUACAUCAAUGGUAACAAGAAGAUUGAACUGCCAGGGGACUUUGAUGCCGAAGGCACGAUCUUUAAAUACUUUCGAAGUGGAACAUGGGAGAGACUGAUUGCUAAGGGACCCACUACUACGCCUUUCCAUAUCAUGGUAUUGUACAAUGGAUUCAAUCUCGGUAUCAAAUACCGUUACACUCUACCCAUCAACACAUCAAAGAAGGCGAAGGACAAGAAGAAGCUGCUUCAUAUCACGGGACCCACGUAUGGCUGGGUACAUGGAGGGUGGAGCCCGUGCAGUGCUCACUGUGAUGGUGGUAUACGAAAAAGCCUUAAGAUGAAGUGUGUUGGUUUUUAUCGCGGUGAAAUUAGCUUUGUUGAAGAUUUUUAUUGUAAAGACGCAACCAAGCCUCAAACACAGGAACGAGUCUGUAAUGUACACAAGUGUGCCAUUUGGUGGGAUGUAUCUCCAUGGCAACCUUGCAGUACAACAUGUGGAGGAGGAGUUCAAAAGCGCUUGGUGACGUGCAAACAGGAACAUAGGAAUGGCAGCCGUACUCUAGCGCCUGACCAUCGCUGCACCGAUGACAAGCCAUCAAGUCUAAGGAACUGCAUUCACAAAGCAUGUCACUUGAAGUGGAGGGUUGGAAGAUGGUCUAGGUGUUACGCGCUGUGCGGGGUCGGGGUGCGUAGAAGAUCUGUCACAUGUCCAGCAAAGAAUAUGUGCUCGUUGUCGCUGAAGCCAACAGCUAGCAAGCCGUGCUACAGUGGACCUUGUCUUGAAUGGGUUACAGGGGAAUGGUCAAAGUGCUCUGCAAGGUGUGGUCCUGGGUAUCAAAGGCGUUUAGUAACCUGCAGACACAAACUGACUGGUAAAAAAAGCAACAAAUGUGAAAAACGAAAGCAACCAAUGGAUGUCAAGGCGUGUAAGAUCACGGAGUGUACUUCAGUUCAAGAGCCUCCAUGCCUCCAAGAUAAAUACAAUAAGAAACAAUGUCACUCCGUCUUGAAGUACAAGUUAUGUCACGACAAAGCUUGGUACAGUUUAUGUUGUAAAACCUGUGAGAGAAUCGCUCGACCAAGAUAACAAAAGAAAAUACGAAAUAUAUCAGCUUUGUCAGUUUGGUCGGUUAGUUAGUUUAGUUGGUCGACUUAACGGUCGGUCGGGUGGGUCGAUCGCACCUCAAGGUUCAUGGAAACAUUUCCUAGUUCACUAUAAAUAUAAUGUAAACUAAAAGAGAUCAAAAUGUAUUUAAUAAUGACUUACUUAACCAAUCUAUAAUAAUAGCUGGGUUCAGCUUCACUGAAGGAGGAAUGACGAUUAUUUGUGAAGUGUGAGUUUCUGUUUGAAUGUUAAUUGGGGGAGGGGUGGUACGAAAAAAGAAACUAGACACCAGGCCUGCUGGCAUAUUAAGAGUUAGGAUAAUACGGAUAAUACGUUAGGUGGAGUAUUUUUGAAACAUGAGAGUUAACAAAUAAUGAGAGCAAUUCACUCGAUUUCAAAA